CGGCCGCGCCGAUGUGUGCGACCUCUGUUUACAGACACGGCACACACCGGCCUGCUGCGCAACAUUGAUUCGUGGUUCGCGCUUCGCCCGCUAUCGUCUCAGUCACUAGUGCGCAACGCCAAGAGAAACAAGUGUUUGCGCUUUGUAGCGCUACUUUUAUUUUUGCGUUAAUUUUUUUUUGUGCAAGACUACGCUUUAACAAAGAAAACCUGUUUUAAAUUGCCCAUGUAUUCGUUUAUAAACUCUAAAGAGAAUAUUAUUAUUUGGAAACUGUGUUACGGCGUUUGGCUCUCUACAUAGUUCGGUUCCUGUGUGUUGAGUAAUAUUCUGUGUCAGUUGUAGUGUUUGUGCUUGUGAUAGACUCGGACAAUUUCCUCGCGAACGUGUUCCAAUUUGGGAUUUCACCACGAGCGGGCUCAAGGAAGUUUAUAGUCAAGUGGACAGCGGCGGCGGUGGCUCGGCCGAAGUGAUGGUGUACUCUCUCGGCUGGGGCAUGGGGGAGCCGGAGCGGCGCGGCGCGGACCGCAAGCGCGGCCAGCCGGCGCCGGUCGCCGUGGUGCACUCGCCGCUCUCGCCUGACGAGGGACACGAAGUCGAUGUGCUGCCCCUACACAAUCAGGUAGGGGGGCACACCAGACUGCUGGUGCUAAACGACAGUACAGUAAUCAAGCCGCUCAAUAUUCGCGAGUUGCAUUUCUACCAGAACAUUCCCGAAGACAUCCAAAACUUCGUACCCAGAUACAAAGGCGUGAUGCAGGCAUCUAACACUGGAGGCACCAAAUUGGACAAGCGGUACUCGCCAUGUUUCCGCGACGAGAACGGGCGCAAGCAGUCGCUGGGCGGCAAGCGCAAGCGCGACGACGUGUUCAAAUUCAAGGUUCAUCGAAAUGGCAAUGCGAGUGAGGUGCUCAAAAGUAUUGCGCAUAUGGACAACUCAAACAAGCAGUAUUUUCUAAUGAUGGAGAAUAUUACAUCAUCUUAUCGGCGGCCGUGCGUACUCGACCUGAAGAUGGGCACGCGGCAGCACGGCGACGACGCGUCGGCAGAGAAGCGCAGCAAGCAGAUCGCCAAGUGUGCGGCCAGCACCUCGGCCACGCUGGGAGUGCGGCUGUGCGGCAUGCAGGUGUACAUCCCCGAGACGGGUGCGUGCGUGCGGCGCGACAAGUACUGGGGGCGCGCGCUGUCGGAGAGCGGGCUGCGCGAGGCGCUGCGGGACUUCUUCGCGGCCGGAGCCGGCCUGCGCGCCCAUGUGGUGCGGCGCGUGCUGCGCGACCUGGACGCGCUGCGCCGCGCCAUCGCCAAGCAGACUAGCUACAGGUUCUACUCCUGUUCACUGCUGAUAGUGUAUGAAGGAGACGUGUCAAACACGCUCUGCGACGAAGCGAGCGGCGUGACCAGCGAGUACGACGCGGAUGCGUCGAGCAGCUCGGCGGAGCUGGCGCCGUCGCCUGGCCACUUCGACAUGUCGACGUUGCACGACGAGAUCUCGACGGACUCCGGGUCGGGCGCGCGCGAGCCCUUCCGGCCGCACUCGGAGGAGACGAUGGGUGGCUACGAGGACGGUGAGGACGGGUCGGCGGACGGGCACUCGCCGCGCCGCCAGCCGCCCAGCCCCGACUCGGCCGACAGCUGGAUGGCGUACUCGUCGGCCAGCAGUGAGUCAUGGCGCGGCGCGGCCGAGGCGGCGGCGCCGGGCGCCAGCGGCAAGCGCGCGCGCACGCGGCCGCGGCCCGAGCCCGCCGAGCGCGUCGACAUCCGCAUGAUCGACUUCGCGCACACCGCCUUCGCGGGCGCCGCCGCCGAGUCGCCGCUGGCCACCAGCACGCCGCACCACGGCCCCGACUGCGGCUUCCUCACGGGCGUCGACAGCCUCAAGCGGCUGCUCACCGAGAUCCUGCCGCCGCAGCCCUACAGUUAAUGAGGCGCGGCGAGGCCCGCCGGGCCACUUUUUAGAAAAAAACGUUAAAAAUUACCCUCCUUUCGGACGAAAUUCUGAGAGAGCUGUGAUCCUUCAUGACGCUGCGGCGUCGGGGCGGCGCCCUCGCGACCGCUCCGCAGUGGAAAUCUUUCGGAAGUACUUUUGAGUUCGCCGAUGGUGAGUUUCGAUGUUGUUGAAAUGUAUAUUAUAUUUGAAUGUAUAAAACUAUUUUCCUCAAAAAUUUACCGUUCGACUGAUAUAACUUUAAAAGUAGACAAAAAAUACUAACAGGUCGCUAUGUAUUUACAUAAAAAGGAUAUACGCAGGGUAUUUUCCAUUUAUACGUGUCGCGCCUGCCGAGGAGCGACGUUAAGUAUCGAUUUCUUUUUGUGUAAGUGCAUAGUGAUGGUCGCACUUAGUGAAUGUUGGCGGUACAAACUAUGUGUUAAUUUUAUAUUGUAACUAUUAUAAUUUGAAGUGGGACCCAGUAGGUAUUCUUAAAAACAUGUAUUUAUAAGUAUUACUGUUAAGUUAUUCCAGAUUGACGUGCUUUGUUGAGUUGUUCUCCUAGCUUAAUUUUAGAUUACCGUAUGAUUGCUUAGUCGAUGUGAUUUACUUACAAAUUGACAUAGACAUUCCCUGUCACUGCUGAUUAGCGAGUUCCAUGUUGUACCUACACUUUUCGCUAUAUUUUUGUUUAAAGCCUUCAUUACUAUUUGAUGUUUUCAUGCCAUAAUAUGUUAGAACAUUGUUCAGGCAGCAAUCAUUCAUAUUAUUCAGCCCAGUUGUAAAAGCCAAAGUAAAUUUAGAAAGCUUGUACUUCGGGCAUAGCCUGAAUGGUUCCACGGUAGAAAGUAUAAAUUUAUAAAUAUUGGUGUUUAGAAUUUAAAUAGUCCAUUAAGUAAACUGCAAUGUUUUAAAGUUUAAAUCAUUGAAAAUAUUUAAAGUUGAUUGGACGAGUGACUUGUGUUUAUAUUCUAGAAUAUAUUUAGUUGAACUCAACAUCUUGUAACGUGUGUCCUUACGAACGUCGAGUUCCCGUGGCGCACAUCUUCCGACAAAGCAAUGAUAUUAUCGUUCGAACAGUAUUAUAAUGUUGUAGUCGCUAGCGUCGCUAGCAGAGCGUGACCAUGCCGAUCUGUUGCGGUAUGAGAGAUGAGGUUUGUUUGUGGAUGUGUUCUGCAUUAUGAAAUUUGUAACAUGGUGCCAGUUCGUAAAAGCGACGCAAAAGGUUGUAAAUUAAUCUAGAAAUGUAGACGCCAUGUAUAAUGUAGCGAGUCGAGUAUUCAAAGUGGGUCAGUGUAAACGGCUAGUCCCGCGGCCCGCAUGCCCGCGCGGCGGAUGCGGCCGCUCUAGCGUUAGCCAACAUUCCUUCGUGCUGCAUUCGUCAUUGUUUGUCCUUUUACAAUUAUUUGAUUCUUAGUGGGAUACAUUUUUGAAAAGUACCUGGUUUAAUUAGGUUGCUAGGUUGUAUUACAAAUUAUCAUUUAUGUCUGUUAUUUUAAAUAACUGUAUGACACUAUUUUGUUAAAUAAAUUUUAGGUAUUAA